GGUCAAACACGCUUCUGACACCUCAGGAGAGAGCGUGGACGACCGCAUGAUCACCGCCAAGGCCGCUCCCGGAUCACAGCUCGGGGUCUCUGUCGCCGGGUCUACUUCCGUGGUUUCCCCGGAGAUGGCGAAGAAAAGCUACGUUAGAAUAUUAAAUAUUGAUCCGCCGCGGCCGCCCGCCAGCUUCAAACAGGAUUGGAAGAUAUGCAUUGCAAAAGUAUCGUACUAGUAUAAAUCGCAUGACAAAUUUUUUCAAGAAGAAAGUUGGAAUUUGUAAUGCAGAUUCAGGUAGGAAAUCAGAUUUGUCAUGCAUAUCUGCAAUCCAUACGACUACGAUACUUUUGCAGUGGAUAGAAGAAAGUCGUUCGGAAGUACGAACAAGGACAAAAGUCGACGAAAAAAACGGACAGCGACAGCACGAAGACCGUCAAUCGGAAGAAGCAGGUUGGGGCUGUUGCAAGAGCAGCUAUAGGAGUUGCGGCAGCAGCGUCAGUGCGAAAAGGUAGUUGUGGUGUCUAUCAUGAUGACUCGCCAGCUGCUGGGAUAGGAACACAAAUAGAAGCUGCUUCGAAGUUGACGUAUAAUGAUGCCGCGACGAACGUAUUCAGCCCCGAAGCCGAAGCCGAGCCCUUAUCAGGAAAAAAGCCCAAGCUGCGGUUUAGAUUAAAGCCAGGUGGCCCCCGUAGAGGCGCCGCGCUUUCCCCUUCGGGGGGACGACGAAAAUCAUCUUCGUCUUCACGAGCCAAGAAGCAGAUGCACCAGCGCGAUGCUGUUGAUGACCUGAAUUCCUACGAGGAGACGCUGCACAAGCUGUGUGUGUUUCAGAUCAAAGAAGCCCUGAAGCCUCGGAGCUUGUCCCCGCAGCAACGCGCACUGAAACUCGCGGAUGAUCCGGAGUUCUGCAAGCUUCUGCGCGACAUUCUGGUUCCAACCGAAGACGAGGUCCUGCGGCGCGUACAGCAGCUUGGGAAGAAGCCCGUUGAUGGCACCAGCUUUGGUGCAAGACGUUACGUUUUUGACGCAUCAAAGGCCAGCACCGCAUCAGAACAUCAAACCCCACCGGUUGUCGAACAAGUGACGGACGCGAAGAGUGGUAGGGUGCUGCAGGUGCAACAGCCUUUUCCGCAGCAAGUGUACCGAAACACCCGGAGUAGUAAACACGCUGACCGCGGCGAAGAAAUGAGGUCGCGCGACGAAAUCUUCUGUGCACAAACAUUCGUCCCUUGUUCUCGCCGGCUCUUUGUUGAGGAAAACACUGAUGAAGAUGGACCUCCUGUCGGAGUUAUUUGUAGAUGCGAGGACGACGGGGUAGAGAGCGAAAUAAAACCUCCUCCAGAGCAGCACAUUACAACAAGCCAAGACCGCUACUGCAAAAACUGCUCCGGUUUUCUGAUAACAUCAGACAAGACCUCGGCGAUAUGUUCAAAAAGUGAAUACGAAGAGGACAGCACGGAGAUGUUGGUCACGACCCCUAAAAAGCUCCACUACUGCCGAUACGACAUGCGUACUCCCCACGUCUUUGAAUCUCCGGCGGUCGUGGACGCGAUGCAAAGUAGCCGGGAUUUGUACAAACAAACGGUCCCGCGCGCGAAGUGGGUGGAUUACCAAUCCUCUGUCUCGGAUCUCGUAGCGUCGCGAAGGACAACCUCACGUGCCGCGUACCUGAAUCAGGACAAGCCUCUGCUGAGCAGCAAGAAGCUUUACGACUACCGCACCUUCCUCCGGGCCGGUAUCCCGCCGGGUGAUUUGAUCCUGUUCACCCGCGUUUGCGCCCCCUGGUUCAUGACAUCGGAGACGGUUGAUGCUUUUCAAAAGCACAAGGAGGAAAAGCGGUGGAACUCACAUUUAUUUCACCGUGGUAGAGAACAAGAACAGCCGUUAUUUCAUCGUGCAGCUGGUGCUGGCCAAGAACGUCGUGGUCAACAACAACUACACCAGGGCAGCAGCGGCCGUUCUCGGUCCACCUCUCCCAUUUCGGCGGAUGCGAUCCGGCUGUCGUUGCAUCUGUUGUUGAGAGAGGAUCGCAAGGAGGAUCGGAGUCCGAGAAGCGGGUACUUUGUGCAGCGGAGUAGUAUGAAAAAGGGUAGUACUGCGGGGGGGCUUCUGGUUGGCGAUGAAGAAGAGGACGACGACGCUGAUUUGUCCGAAGACGCUACGGAGGUUUUCAGCACGCCAGCAGAUGUACUAACGCCUCAUCGUGGUCUUCGCGAAGGAGUAAAUUCGAAAGCAGGCCCUCGGUUUUCAAGAACACCUCAAGGUACUAAACACGGAGCUGCAAAGUUACCACCAGAGCCGACAAAAAUCUAUCGCUACGAGGUGCGGGACGACUAUGAGUGGCUCUUAGACUACGCGAAGGCGGGAAUCUGUCCCCACGCGGACAAGUUAACGGCCGGGCUGAAGAAGGACAGCUGGGCCAAGCGACGCGUGGAUUUGUUAUUAAAGGAGGAUUCCGUCUUUAAGCACCUCGGUUCCGCGGCGAAGCGGUAUGUCGCCGUGCUGGAGAAAUCCGAUCUGUACCGGAAAAUCAUGUAUCAAAUGCGAUUAUAUUCUGUCUGGGUCGUUCUCUGGAGGAAUGCGAGAUUUGUCAUCAUGUAAGUAUCUGGCGAACCACGACGCACAUGGUGAUGGUCUUCUCCUGGAAUCAUGCACACAGAAUCUGAAGCAUCUUCACAGAUUUUGCGAGAUCGAGACCUUCUUGAUGCCUACCCUGCAUAAGAUGUUGCAGUCCGCCUGCUAAUGCAAAGCAAGAAGAAGUGGGCAACUGCCUUCAGGGUAGUUUAUAUAUGCAACACAGAUUUAUUUUUUUGUGAUCGAGACUUCGCAUGACCAUGACUCCUUCUAGAAAACCAGAGAUAUUUGCAAUGCAUAUCGUGCUGGAUCCGGACUUCCAAGUGACUGACGAAGACGACAGCGACCUAGAAGAGGAGAAAACGCCGCGGCACGAAGUGCCUGCUGAUGAUGCGUCUCUAGACCAAGAGAUGAUGAUGACCACCAAGGAAAAUUCUUGGCCGGCCGCGAGUCCUUCGUCUUCAGUAGUGCACGGAAGAAGAACCAUAUGCAAGAAAAAAACUGUGUAAGUGUAAAUUUGUGUUGCAGAACAUGCAACAGAGUUACACCUGUCAUGCCAGACAGCCACGAAGCUCUCUUUUCAGGUGUGUUUUGCCUUACAAGCCACGCAUGACAGGUUUUUUCUGUCAUGUAGAGCAAAUUUGUGAUGCUGUUCCUCAAAGAAACUUAUACUUACACACAAUUUUUCCUGGAUCAACCAGCACGACGACCGCAAGACAAAAUUCAUCCGAAUACGACUAUUGCUACUACGCAAGCGACGAGUGCGAUCGUCCGCCCUUUCUCGGCGGCCGGUCGCGCCAGCACGACUACGGGCUGUGUCAGAUGCCAAAGGGAAAAUCUGAGAAUAGUAUCCUCGAGGAUUGUUUCGGCGUCCACCAAGGAGCGGCUGCAGCUGACGCGGCGGUUUUAGAAGAUGGUGACCAUCAAGACCAUCUUCUAAGCGAUGCAAUUGUUCGUGAGACAGCCGGCGCGCCACAGGACGUUGCAAUGGGCUUUCUCCGUACGCCGAGACGAGAUGGCCCCCGCGUCGGUGGUUUGGACUGGACCGGAUUUGUGCAAGAAUACGACACAGCAGAGAUUGACCAAGGCGUCGUCUACUCGCCACGGCAGGCAGAUGUUUUUCCUCCCCCGGCAGUGGAUACUGUUUCUCAGCGUGCGAUGAACAGAACUUUCACUAAUUUUCUUGAUGAACAAGGUGAAGAUCUUCACAACGACUGGGAACAUCAAAUGCUGGCAGAGGAUCGCCAACAACGAGAAUAUCAGCGAUAUAGUACCGCAAGGCUGCACCAGCAACUGCCGCAUGAACAAGAGGAUCUUUUCACCCCGCGGCACGUUCUUCGUAGUGGCGCUAGUACUGCUGGAGGUCCUUCUGUCGUCUCACCAAAGCCUGCUUCGAAGAUGAGAGGUAGAAGUGCAAGAACCUCCCAUUAUCGUGCAGGAGCAAAUCAGGACGUCAUCGUCGGCACGCGAAAGCUGCUCCUUUUCCUCGACCAUUUGCACAGCGACGGGGUGACGCCCCGUAGACUAGAGAUGGCACUGAAAGCGUUCGAAGACACGAUGGGCUUCAUCAACGAGCACAAGCGGAAGGCACAGGUAGAGCAGGCGCGGAGGGGGACCAAGGUUGUGCCGCCGGGGAAGGGUGUGCACCAGGAGCAACUACAACAAGAUUUGUUUUACGACAUGCAACAAGACUUGCUUUAUCACGGCAAUGAUCUUCAAACCGACACUCAACGUGUUGAUCCUUCAGCUUCCGCAUCUCAUUCGCAUCCUGAAUUGCACGACCGGCGGGGACCUCCAUCGUGUUAUAACCCGUACUCGUAUAACCCCCACUGGCACCUGCCGGUGAACCAUUGCUGGCUACACAUCGUAGACUUUCAAGCGAGGGCCAUGCAAGAGCACGACGCCCACCCACUUCACGUGUUUGUGCGGUUUGCACUGCGGCUGCUGAUAUGCAUCGCAAAGCUAUCGUACUACUAAUUACUUCCAGGUGCAUUUUGUAUUUGUACAUUUUUCUUUUCAGAUUCUGAAAGAAGAAAGCCUGCUUACUCAGCCAGGUAUGAAGAACUUGAUGCGUCAUGUAACUAAGAUGGCCAGAAUUUGUAGUACAGUAUCGUUUUGCGCGGCAUAUCUGACCUGGCGCGAGGCUGUGCAGGCGGGGCAGCUCACGGAAACCGUGCUUUUCCGCAUGCUGCGCGAAAUGGAAGGGAAGAAGAGCGAGGGAGUAGACUCAUUCCACCUGAGUAACACAUUGCCGCCGGGGGACGAUGUCGAGGCCUAUGCUGUGCUGCAGUCGGGUGGCACCAGCGGGGGCUCCUUCCGGCGCAGGAGUGUGGACUGGGGAAUAAUGGAGGCAAAUAAAGGUUGGCAAACUACGGACUUUGCCGAAAACAACUCGGGAGAUUCUCGAGCCGUCAAAACAUUUCAGCCUACUGUCACUUAUAUUCCUGAUCAAAAAGCUGCUCUUCGCGAUCUGCAACGCGAUGA